UAUAAAUCCAUUAGCAUUCUAUCACGAAUGCAAUUUUCUGAUUGGCUAUGCUACUCACUAUCAAUUCUAUUGUAGAUAAUGAGUAACCUAGCAGUGUAGCUGGUAGGCACUUCUUUGCUUUUUCAAAGUGUCGCUAAAGAGGAUAAUUUUUGGAUAAAGUUUUGAAUGACUAGUAGAUUUAUACUAAUUAAAAACAAUAAGAUUAUUUGCUCUGAAUUUCUGUGCAUGAUAGUUGACUAGGGCUGUGCCCUCAUCAACUAUCAUGCGAGAGAAGUCGACAGUGAACUAAUGUAAUUGUUAAAUAUCUAAAGAAACCUAAACCAUGUAAUAUGCAGUCAUAAAACAGGAAUUUGAGAACAAGAGAAAACUUCAGAAAACUUGAACCAACUUGGCAAGGGUUUUUUCAACUAGUUUUUGGAAUAUCUGACACGUUUUUAUGGUUGAUUCAGCAGGGUCAAGAACGUUAAAUUGGCAAUCUCCCGGAUUUCAACUUUUUCACGUUGGCAUCUCUACUUUUUGAUGUUGUAUACUCUGAUAAAACAGCUCGUUAGCCAAUCAGAGCUCACAGAGUAGAAACAGCAUUACAAUAUAAGGCAAUCCAAGAGAUCUACCUGUUCAUAUUAAACUUCAGGCUGCAACAAUUCCACACAGAUUGUUCUUUUAAAUUUGUUUUUCUUUCUUCUGUGCUGAAGGGGGAGGGGGAGAUGGUUCACCAUUUCAUUUCUUGGGUGUUGCGCCAGCUUACGAUCAAUGUGGUUUAACAAACAUUUCAUUACCCAGUCUUAUCUAAAUUCAACUCGUACAACUUAUAUUACUUCCAAUUUUCCUCAACGUAUCGAAUCAGGUAUUUAAUCGGCAAAACUAUAGGUUGCAGACUCGAUCAGAAUCAUACUUUACCUCUGUGUCAAAAGCUUCAUUGUAAUCGUUAAAACCACUGUACAGCUCAUCUUCCUCCUCACCAACGAGAUGUACUGACUGCAUCAUUCUGUAGUAUUGUUAUACCCCCCUAAUCUUUUAUUUUUUACAUCAAAACGAAAAAAAAUUCGGAAUGUUUUGCAGUUGCCAUCAACAAAUAUGGCCGCCCCCGACAACCUUCGCGUCAUUAGUAACCCAGUGCGCAUGCGAUCAAUUUCCCGCGCCGGUUUCAAAAUGGCGACUGUCCGUCGAUGGCUGGAAUCUCGCCAUGUUUACGUUCAAAAUGAUUGGUUGGAAGCCUGCAUAAUUUUUGUGAGAGAAGACAACGAGGAAAGGCAGUUGUCCCCUGUCGAGCUGAACGAGCUGGUGUAUGAGCAGUGGUUAAUGGCUGACAUUCAAGAAUCAAGUCUCCCUCGCCUUCCAGAGGAACUGGGAAACAGGGAUAUCUCCAAAUUGGAGGGGCAUUUCAACCUUCAGAUUAACUCUAUUCUGAAUGUUGGAGAAUCAGCUUACUCUCAAAUUCAAAAGCUAAAAGGACAGGAUGAUCCACAAGAGCUAAACUACAAAGCAAAUCCCUCAGAGCCAAAAAUAAAGCCCAGUAGAAUGUUGCUGCUUGAAUUGACAGAUGGAACACAGACAGUGUUUGGGAUGGAAUACCAGCUGAUUCCUUUUCUUAAAGUCACAACCCCUCCUGGAACUAAGAUUCAAGUGACUGGCCAAAUAACUUGCAGACUUGGAGCCUUGCUACUGACACCCAGUAAUGUGAAAGUCUUAGGUGGAAACAUUAUGCAACUGAUGGAAGGCAACUCGUACUGGAAUGUCCUGCAUCAAGCUAUAGGACUAGAUCCACCUGAGAAACCUGGUGCAAUUAAAGCAGAAUUUCUUGACAAUGAAGAACCAAAUUUUAAUCAAAUCAUCAUACAAGAUAAUGCAGCCAGUGAUGUCACCACCACCUAUAAUGACGAAAGAGCUGCUGUAAAAACAGUCACAAACAAAAGAAACACUGCUGCAAGUCUUUCUAACAACAACCGCUUGGGCAACACAGGGAAAAUUUCUGAGAAAAAAAGGCAAAUGAAACAACAGUCUUGUAAAGGACAUAGAGGAGUUGAUGGUGUCUUGCCUGCAAAUUCCAGCAGCAAUUGGGGCACUGAUAGUAAAAAAGAAAAAGUCUGCAAUCAAGAAUUUUUGGAUGAGGAUGAUGAUAUAUUAGCUGCAGUUGCAGAUGACAACUAUUUUGUGAUGGAGGAAGACUUUGACAUGGAACAGAUAGAUCAGCUUGAAAUGGGAACGCAAAACACGACCAGCAAAACAGAUGAAAAAACAGCAACUGCUAACAUGAUAAACUCUGAUAAUAGUGAUUCAGAGAUGUUUUAUGGUGAUGAGAUCUUUGAAGAUGACUUUGUUGAAGAAGAUCUCCUUGCAGAAGCUACAGACUCUGUGGAAAUAAAACCUCUUCAUGAGAGAAUCUGUGAUGAAGGAACUGCAAGAACAAUGCCCAGAAUAUCAAACAGUUCAUCAUUAGAAUUUAGCUGUCUUGCAAGGAAUACAAGUUCUUCAAACAAUACUAACAUUCAAAUACAAUCAGAUAGAAAUUCCAGGAAACCACAGGGUUGUACUUCAAACAGUGUCAAGACAGAACCUGUUCUUUUGAUGAAUAACCCCACAUUUAGCUCAUGCAAUACAUUCAUUAACACUGGGCAGUGCCAUAAACCCAAGAAUGCAGUGGCUAAAAGUAAUGUUGUGACAAAUCCUAAUAAUUUAUACUCAAUAAGACCAUCAGUUAACCAGACCUCCAGAAUUCAGAUCAAAAACGAACCCGACAAUGAAUCCAUACCAGGCCUUGUGAAUGAUGAUAUUAAUCCCAUGGUGGUUGAUACAAAUCAGCACCACCAACCCAAUGUGCUUAAUGUACAUGGAACACAAGACCAGGGAAGAAAUUCAGCACCUUUUGAGUAUCUAUCAGAGGUGCUGAAACAGCAUCCAGCCAGAGACAAGCAUAUUGUUAGGAUCAAGGUUUGUAUUUAGUAUAAACACAUAGUUGCUGCCAGUCAUGCAUCUAAUAUUUCAAAUAUAACCAAAGUCAAAUGCAUUUUCUUCCUUUAUGUAGUUUCAUUUUUUUUGUUGGAAGAAUUUAGAUGCCAAACACUUUUUCUAACACUGCCUUCAA